AUCGGCUGCGCGCGCAGCCGCCUCGGUAUCGAGCGGUGGACGUCAGUGUCAGUUGUCAGUUGUCAGUCGCGGUCGACGGGCGCGUGUUGUGUACGUGUUGUAUUUCGCGGAGCUCCGAACAUGGCUCUGCUCAGACGGCUUGCGGUGAACGCGCCCCGGAGUGUACGCGUGCUGUCCUCCUCGCCAUCGUCGCGGGUCGACGAUCUCGACCUCAACUUCAACAGCCCCAAAGAUGCGUUCAAAAGUAAGAAGACGAGCGAACUGGUGCGGGCGUACUUCGUGUACCAAAUAUGCUCGGUCAACUGGCUGGUCGAGAACAAUGAUAUGUUGAUGAAGAGGCUGCGCCAGGUGGUCGGGCAGCGUCUGUUCGAGAUGUUCAUGAAGGCCACAUUCUACGGCCAGUUCGUCGCCGGCGAGGACCAGAACACCAUCAAACCAACCAUCGAGAGAUUGCGCUCCUUCGGAGUCAAGUCAAUCCUCGAUUACUCCGUGGAGGAGGAUCUGUCACAGGAGGAGGCUGAAAAGCGAGAAGUGAGUGGCAGUUUGAACAGUGAACAAUUGACGGAAUUGCUAAAACAUGGCACAGGAAAUUUCCAAGAAUUUAUCCUUACCGGCGCCUCGAUAUCAGCGUGCGGUGACAAGCAGGAGGAGGGUCAGCUAAAGCAGUACCACGUGGAGCAGCGGUUCGCGGACCGGCGGUACAAGGUCACCAGCGCCAGGACUUACUUCUACCUCAAUGAGGCCUCCUGCGAGAAGAACAUGGAGGCCUUCCUCAAGAGUAUCGAUGCUGUGGCCGGCAUCACCAAGAGCACCGGAUUGAUGGCUAUCAAGCUCACGGCUCUCGGAAGGCCGCAGUUACUUCUGCAACUGUCAGAAGUGAUCAUGCGCGCCCGCAACUACAUGCAGCAGAUUGGCGGCGGCACCGGCAACGUCCUCACGCACCACAAGACCAUCGAGGACUUCCAGCGCUACUUCGGAGACCACAGCAGCAAGCCGCAGGUGCAGGAGUUCAUGAAGAAGAUCACCUCGGAUAAGGAGGGUAUCGUCCACCUGUUCCCGUGGUCGAACAUUCUGGACGAGGACAUGAACCUGUCGGACUCGUUCCGCGUGCCCGACCCCAAGACCGGUCAGAUGCGGCGCCUGAUCUCCCAGAUCUCGCCCAAGGAGGAGGAGAUGUUCCGGAACAUGCUGCGUCGCCUCAACCACAUCAUCAGGAUCGCGAACGACGCCGACGUGAGGAUCAUGAUCGACGCCGAGCAGACGUACUUCCAGCCAGCUAUUUCUAGGAUCUGUUUGGAAAUGAUGAGGAGAUAUAACAAAGAUAAAUUCCUAGUGUUCAACACGUACCAGACGUACCUGAAGAACACGUACCAGGAGAUCCUAACGGACCUGGAGCAGGCGCAGCGCCAGAACUUCUACUGGGGAGCCAAGCUCGUGCGAGGCGCAUACAUUGAACAGGAGCGUGCCCGUGCGGCAGCGAUGGGCUACGAGGACCCCACGUGCGAGUCUGUGGACGCGACCACCGUGUCCUUCCACAAGUGUCUCAAGGAGAUCCUCAGCAGGGUCAAGGGCCCCAACAAGGAGCGCCUGGGUAUCAUGGUGGCCUCUCACAACGAGGACACGGUCCGGUACGCCAUCCAGCUGAUGAAGGAGCACGACAUCAAGCCUGAGGACAAGGUGGUCUGCUUCGGCCAGCUGCUCGGCAUGUGUGACCACAUCACCUUCCCGCUAGGCCAGGCCGGCUACUCGGCCUACAAGUACGUCCCGUACGGGCCGGUGGUGGAGGUGCUGCCGUACCUGUCGCGGCGCGCCAACGAGAACCGCGGCUUCCUCAAGAAGAUCAAGAAGGAGAAGAAACUCAUCCUCAAGGAGAUCGUCCGCCGCGUCGCCACCGGACAGAUGUUCUACAAACCCGACGGGCACUACACGCCCGUGUAAAUAUACACCUUCAUGCCCACGUGUUAUAGUCUAAUUUACUUUGCGGGAUGUAAGAGAUGCUAUCGUAUGCGGUGUGCGAUCGUAGACUUCUAGUCGCAGGGUUCAGUUGUUGCGUUCUCAGUGCGGGGUGAUUGUGCGGAGCGAGUCGAUGCGAUUUAUCGAUAGAGUGCGAGAUUAGUUUUGACACCACAUACGGAACUUAAUCGAUAUAAAAUCGAUUCCGAUUCGGUGUAUCGAUACAAUCGCACCGAGUCGGCUCUUGUAGUAGACUGUGAUUGAUUGUUGGUAAUUCGGUCGGCUAGGAAGUCCUUAAUAAAACCUAUUUCAAAUAGAUGUUUCUAAUCAGAACACAUCUCUGUGUAUGUAUUAUUUUACUGUUAAAGGUAAUUCAAUCGAGUUUGGUAAAUAUAACUCUGGUAUCGUAAUCUCGUCUAUGAAUAAUGUAAUAUUAACUCUUUUUAUAAGUUUAUUUAUCAUGCUCUUUGAAUACCAAAUCUUUAGGCCUAGAAACGAUCAUUUGAAAAAGGUUUUAAGUAUCGGACGAAGUAAGAAGGUUGCAAGUAAAUGGAAACUAAAAUCGUAAUUAAAAUCAAGAAUAAAACAAGGUUAUGUUAUAAAUAUGUACAAAGAGUCAUAACUAAGCAAUUAGUAUGAUAUCGAAUUGUUUAAAACACCCUUAAAAUACGGAAAAAGGGUUUCCUAUAAAUAAUAUAUCAUCCAAAUAAUAUUAACCAAUCGUACUUAAAUGUACCUACUCAAUCUUGUAUUUAUUCACAAAAAUGUUGUAAAUAUGUAACCUAAACUAUAAAGUGAGCAUUAUUUGCCAGCCCUUUUUGAAUCUGUAAUCUCAUAGCUAUGUAAUGGCAAACUGGUUUCUUUGACGAAAAGAGACAAAAAGUGGCCCUUAAUGAAAGCGGGCCAAACUCCUGGCUGAGAUAUAUCUGCCCCUUUCUCUUACACGGCAGACGUGUACGUGAACUUGUCAGGCUGUAAUGCAUGUUUAUUUGUCCCAACACAACUAGCUCAACAACACCUGAAAUUUUGACAUAUAGCAACACUGACAUCAAUAUCAAAAAUCGAAUGAGGAAGUCAAAAUGUUGUGAACAGUAUUGAUUGUUUAUGCUUCAGUAUUUUAUUUAAAUAUCGUAUAAUUAUUUAUCAACGCUUACUUUUAGAAUAAAAUCGAACUUAGAAUCGCUGUUAAAAUGUAGAAUGUUAAUAUAUUUAAAGAUAAUGAUAAUACCGAGAUGUGUUGCGUUCGUCCUUUAAAUUUAAAUUAUGUAAUAAAUAUCUGUAGGACAGGAAUUUGUAAUUACAAUAGAAUAGUUAUGAAUUAAAGGAAACAAAAAUUAA